UUCCACUAAACAGUCAAGUGUUUAACGCUGAAACUGACUGGUGAUAGUUCUGUAAAGGAAUAUAUAUCCUAUAUAUACACGCCAUGUCCCGUCGUGCCUUCAAAGUUCUCGUCUCUCAUCCAAAUGUACCGCCACCGGCUCUGGAACUACUUAGAUCCCGUGGAGCCGAGACCAUUAUCUGCCAGAGUGUGCCCCCCUGCAGGGAGGAGAUCCUGCAGAAAGUUCCCGGUGUGGAUGCCAUCUACUGGGCCCACUAUCAGGCCCUAAAUGCCGGAAUUCUGGAUGCUGCCGGUUCGCAGUUACGUUGUGUCAGUACCAUGUCAUCGGGGAUAGAUUUUGUGGAUAUUCCGGAAUUCAAAAAGCGACAAAUUCCACUUGGGCACACCCCUGGGGUGGUCAAGAAUUCGGUGGCUGAUCUGGCAAUUGGAUUGAUGAUUUCCGCCGGUCGUCAUUUUCAUGCUGGACGCACUGAAAUCGAAAGAUCCCAAUGGAAAACGGAGCAAAUAAACUGGAUGAUGGGCCAGGAGAUUCGUGAUUCGGUGAUCGGUUUCUUUGGAUUUGGUGGCAUUAGUCAGGCCAUUGCCCAGCGGUUGCAGAGCUGGAAUGUGGCUAAGAUUAUCUACCACACCCGGACGCGUAAGGAGAACGAUGUCGACUACAAAGCUCAGCAUGUGUCCUUUGAGCAACUUUUGCAGGAAAGCGAUUUCUUGGUGGUAGCUGCUCCUCUGACCAACGAAACUAGGGACAAGUUCAAUGGCAAGGCCUUCGAGUUGAUGAAAAAGAGUUCGGUUUUCGUUAAUGUGGCUCGUGGUGGCCUUGUUAACCAACCCGAUCUUUAUGAUGCUUUGACUACUGGAAAGAUUUUUGCCGCUGGAUUGGAUGUUACCACCCCAGAACCACUGCCCGCUGAUAAUCCACUUUUAACUCUACCGAAUUGUGUUAUCCUUCCCCAUAUGGGCACUCAAACCUGGAAAACCACCACCGAAAUGAGUCUUCUGGCUGCCAAUAAUAUUAUUAAUGCCAUGGAUGGAAAACCCAUGGUGAGACCUGCAUAUUAAAAAAUGAAUUUAUUAAAUAAAUAGAGAAAAAGGAACAAAUUUGUACAUUUACAGAAAAUAUUUUGUUAAUAAAAUAUAUACAUAACUAUA